AUGGCUGCACGUGAUAUGGUGUGUGCUGGGGCACGUAGGAGAAAUGGUAACGGGAAGACAACUCUCAUCUGCGGGUACCCUUGGUUACAUGAUAAUCCUAGUCCCUUAGUUCAAACAAUUAUGCCUGAGGAAUUGAGGGAGGCUCGUGUGGAAGGAUUAAUUGAUCAACAGACAAAUACCUGGGACCCCCAUAUUUUGGCAGAUUUAUUUGACCCGGGUGAUGUGGCUCGUAUAUCUAAAAUCCAGGUGAGUCCAGCAUAUGAGGACUCAUGGUAUUGGCUCAGUGACCCCAAAGGGGAAUAUAUAGUCAAAAAUGCAUAUAGGCACAUUAUAGGUGACCAUGACCAUAGCCCAUGUGCUUUUGAUAAAUGGGUAGCAUUAUGGAAAUUGAAGGUUCCACCUAAAUGGAAAACCUUCCUAUGGAGAACUUUAUGUGAUAUACUCCCCACCACAAACAACUUGCUUUUAAAGAGGGUAGAUGUGAACCCAAUAUGCUCAAUGUGUGGCUUGCAUCAUGAGGAUGUUAUGCACUCUCUUGUUCUUUGUGAUUAUUCUAGACUUGUGUGGAACACUACGGAACUGUCUAUCACAAAUACUUUGUCUAAUUCGUUUCCUGUAUGGCUCAUGGGUGCACUCAAUAUUUUGACAGAAGAGUAA